AUGGACCCCGCCAGUCGGGCACUUGCCCAUGAAUUGCCUCCUAAGUUGCGCAAGAACAUCUCUGCUCGAGCUAGACAUGUCGCUCGCAGUACUCUCCAUCACCGCGCCCAUGGCCGACCUUCGAUGCAGAACAAGGCCCAAAGCCAGCAAUACCUGACACUGUGCGAAGAGAGUGCCCUCGUCAAGUUCAUCUUACACAUGUCAGAUCUCGAACGGCCCGUGUGAAUCAAACACACUCCCUCGCUCGCCUUCAUCGCUACCCACGGCCGACCCGCGACGAACAGACCCUCCAAACCCCCAGGCAAAAACUGGACAAAGGCCUUCGAGAAACGCCGCCCAAAGACGGCAGCGAGACGCGCCACGGCGCUAGACUGGAACCGCCACGAGAAUAACAUCGCCGAUAAGAUGACACAUGGGUUCGAGGUGAUAGCGAAGGUACUGCGCGCUCCAGCUAUCGUAGCAGAGAAUGUCUAUAACAUGUAGGAGAUCGGGAUCAUGCUAUCUAUGAUUGGCUCAGUAAAGGUGCUCG